AAAUAAUCAAUUUUAUUCAGGGAAGAUCUGCGAAUCCCAUUAUAUUCCGGAGUUUUUGCCAGAAUCAGAUUAUAUCUGGGUAAUGGUAGCCUUCCCGCAUCCAAUGACUUACUUGGACAAGGACAAUAUUGGAAAUCCUACUAUAAUUCCGCAGACGGCAAGGGAACUGUGGCAGACUUUGUACAACGAGUAAAUGAAAUGAACAAAAACCAUGGUUCUGAUUGCAACAUGUGCCAAGGUAGAAUGAAUCUGGCGAUUCUUAUGGAUGGAUCGGGAAGUAUUGGUUCUGGAGAUUACAUACACGCAAAAGAGGCAGCUAAGGCAUUGAUUGGUACAUUUUCAAAUGAUUCGGUAGACGUCGGUUAUGUAUUGUUCAGUGAUGGGACAAACGUUAUAUUUCCAUUGAAAAGCAAUCUGACCAGAGAUCAAAUGAAAGAAGAAAUUGAUAAAUCAACAUAUCCAGAUGGAUCGACACGAACUGAUCUUGGUAUUAAUGUAGGUGUUACAAUACUUGGGAAGGCCGAUAAUAUCACUGGCGUCCAUAAAGUGAUGGUCAUACUCACAGAUGGCAAACCUGAUUACGCUGAUCAAGCCAUUUCUGCAGCUGCACAAGCAAAGCUAUCCAAUAUCACCAUAUUCGCCAUUGGCAUUGGUUCAGAUAUUGAUGAAAAGAUUCUGAAAGAAUUGGCCAGUAAAGAAUCGUACGUGGUACCAGUUGCUUCUUACGAUCGGCUUGUUGAAUUCAUUGACGUGAUUAACAGUGGAGCAUGUAGUGUGCCACAAACUCCCGAUAUUGGUACGAAGGUGAAAAAGGAUCAGCUCAGUAAAAAUGAGAAACGAUUCUUCAAGUAUCAAUUACCAAAAACUGGCAUUACAGUUAAAGUUGAAAAUGUCAAAGGGAACACUCGAGGCUUCUAUUCCUACUCCAACGAAAACCCUUCAUCGGCAAUAAAUGAUGGCCAGUUCACCGAGGAUAUCUUCAUACCAUCCGUGAAGCUUGAUAAUCGAAAAGUCAAGAGAGACAUUGAAAACAACGGUUCAGUGCAUAUAACUAUGCAAGGUCAGGAGGAUGCCAAUGUGUACAAUUUGGACACAAUUGAAGGAAAUCAAGCAAGUGGAGGUGACCAACUGAUCACUAGCAUGCUGACCAUCACUGCAAUGUUCUUCGUAUUCAUUUUCUUCUCUUGAAUUGGUUUCAUGUCAGAAAAAUAUUUCCAAUUAAUCUAUAGAAUUAAAUUGUACUUGUUCUAAUGAAAGGUUUACAAAAUCGGAUUUGCUUAUUC